UUGCUAAUAAUUGUUUUUAGAUGUAGAUUUUAAAAGCGAUCCUUCUUAUCCUUCCUUCAAUAAAGUCAAAGUCAAAGUCAUGAGGAAAUCUUGACAUCAGAGGUAUGGUUCUUAUUGCCGCGGGCCAGUGUCCUACAACGACACGGAACAUAUGUACGAAAGAGAAAGCUAAUCAUUUGGGAACCAUUUCCAUGCACAAUAAGUAAUAGCAACACCAAUUUUUCAGUUCCUUUGUUUUUGAUUCGUGCUUUAAAGUUCCUACUGUGAGGCAAAUUACAUCCCAACAAGCAAAACUUCGUAAUUACCGACCUUAGAUCAGAGAAGACAAAUUAUAGGCCGACUUCAUAACGAUGACAUUACUCAUGCUGAGUUCCUUAUAGGAAGGUUAGUGACCUUUGUAAUGUUUUGUACUGGCGAUUAGCCCACCAAUAGAGCUUCUAUCAAUAUUUACAUGACAAUAUUGAGGAUAGCGUCUGGUAUGGCUUUGUUUCUUGAAUGUUGCACUCGCAGAAGCGAACAACGCUCGAGUAUAUAAGUCCAGGAUUUGUCUACUCACUUCUGUUCCAUCAACGGCUUAAUUGAAAUUCAAUUGUUAUACAAUUUUUUAAUGUUUUAGUACGUUGUGUGACAAUUAAACAUUAAUUUGUUAGAUGCAUUUGCAUAUAGGACGGCAUGAAAGGAUCUCUGGAUGACUACUAAACACAGCUGUUGUUACGAGUUUCAAGGAUCUCGACGUUCACUCGUCCUCUGAGCUUCAGUAGAAGGGAACAACUCUUCAUUCUCAAGGAGUGUUUGUCAUGGAUUUGCGCUCAAACUUCAACGAUUCUAGCACGAAUGAGACGUCGAUACCACAGCCGUUCAAUCAUCCCAUGUGGACUGCAGUGCAAGCUGGUCUGUGGAGCUGUCUGACUGUCCUAUCCGUCACGGGGAAUGUGAUAACUCUCAUGUGUAUCUGUAGGGGCGCCAAACGACUUCAAUCAUCUAUGUACGCUUUCUAUGCUAGUCUGGCAACGUCUGACUGUCUUGUAGGAAUGUUUUGUACGCCUUUGCUUAUGGUUUCAACCAUGCAUCAAGACUGGAUACUAGGAGAUGAAAUAUGUCACGCAUAUUCUGCCUUCUUGUCAGUGUCUCUCAACGCCUCUAUCGCAACCCUCUGUCUCAUCAGCUUAGACAGACUUAAUGCUGUCAAACAUCCUUUUGAUUACCGUAGCUACGACACUUAUACACAACGCUUCACAAAACUCUUGUUGUCAAUCGCAUGGUUAUAUUCUAUAUUCUGGGGCGUGGCACCUUUGGUUGGUUGGGGAGAAAUCGUGCGAGAUUCAGUGACUUUCACAUGUAAGCCAAACUGGGGAGCUGAGGACAUCUUAAACAAAUCGUAUUCAUUCUUCCUGGCUUUGUUUGCUUUUGCUCUACCAGUUAUCACUAUGGUUGUAGUGUACUGUUUGAUCUAUCACUAUUCACGGAAAUGCGCCCAGUGGAUGAAGGUAUACGAAGGACACCAAGACAAAACGAGGGAGAACAUUAGACUGUUAAGAGAACGUGCCGUGUUUAAGACAGUUCUAGUGAUACUAGGAGUAUUUGCAUCGUGUUGGGCCGUGUAUACCUUGACUACCUUCUGUAAAUUAUUCAUUUCUCGUACUCCGCCGAACUGGUUCAUUCAACUUGGACUUAUUCUCGCUCUCACUGGAAGCUGCACGAAUCCACUCAUCUACGCCGUACGUGAUAAAAAGCUUGUCAGGGAGUUUUUCUCCUUGCCUUUCGUUCGCCCAUGUCUUUGUAUGAAAGAGGAAACGAACUCAGGGUCACGUGACCUACUGGCGUACACUUCGAACAUGUAUAGGCUAACAGUAUUGAACAGUAAAGAAACUCUGGACAGAAGUCCGGCUGCAAGUAAAGAAACGCUGUAUAAAAUUCCUGAAUUAAUCAUUCCGCUUCAAGACAAACAAACCAUUGUACCUGUACGUAUUACACAUAUUGAAGUGAAAAUUAGGACUGACCUCACGAAGGACAUGCUCGACAAUAUGUCAGAAACUGAUCUUUGACGU